AUCGUAUUUAACCAACCUCAUUUUCCUUACUUUCCAGUCGCACACACGCAGCCACGCUCUCUCUCUCUGUGCAUUGGAUCGACGAUAAAGAAAGCAAGAGGAAAAUGCUGGCAGUUUUUGACAAAUCGGUGGCGAAGAGCCCCGAGGCUCUGCAUAGCCCCCACUCCGGCCCGGUCUUGGCUCUGAAAGAUGGGGUUCUGGUCCACCACUUCAGCUCGACGCACCCUGGAUCUGUCACUGUCAACCUCGGCUCCGACGGCCUCAUAUCAUACUCGCUCAACAAACAGAACCCCCUCCUCCCCAGAUUGUUUGCUGUGGUGGACGACAUUUUCUGCUUGUUUCAAGGCCACAUUGAAAAUGUUGCUCUGCUUAAGCAACAAUAUGGUUUGAACAAAACUGCGAAUGAGGUUGUUAUUGUUAUAGAAGCUUACAGAACCCUAAGAGACCGUGGCCCUUAUCCUGCUGAUCAGGUUGUGAGAGAUAUCCAAGGGAAGUUUGCGUUUAUUCUCUAUGACAGUGCUUCAAAAGCCGCAUUUAUAGCUGCUGAUGCUGAUGGAAGUGUUCCCUUCUUCUGGGGUACUGAUUCUGAAGGCCAUCUUGUUCUUUCAGAUGAUGAUGAAAUUGUGAAGAAGGGCUGCGGGAAAUCUUUUGCACCAUUUCCUAAAGGAUGCUUUUUCACUUCCUCCAAAGGCUUGAGGAGUUUCGAACACCCCCUUAAUGAGGUGAAGCCAGUGCCAAGGGUGGACAGUUCCGGCCAGGUGUGUGGCGCAACAUUCACGGUGGAUGCAGAGUCUAAGAGGGAAGCCGUUGGCAUGCCUAGAGUUGGGAGUGCUGCCAACUGGUCCUCAAACUACUAAUCUGAAUAUCAUUUCCCUUUGCAGCAAGUCUGUUGUUAGUAGAGGGUGUUCCGAUGCUUUUGGUCUGUCUACUCUCACAUUGAAUGACUUCAAUGUUUCAAAUUUUCAAUGGGUGCUUAACUUUAAAGCGGUGUUAGUACUUUCAGCACUAACACAUGAUUAUAUGAUGCUAUACAUGUUUGAUGUCAGAACUAAGCCAGGAUAUUGCUUAAAACAUGGAAAUUAUGGAAUAAUAAGAAGGCAUUAAAAAGUA